AUGCCCAAAGGAAAGGCCACAAUUUUCCGCUGCACCUAUCCUGAGUGCAAUAAGAAACCGUACAGCAGGGAAGACGCUCUCAAACGACAUAUGAAAACACACAGCAGUGGUCCACCCUCCUUCAAAUGCCCCGUCGAAGGCUGUUCCAGUGCCUUCUCCCGGAAAGAUGUCCUGAAGGAACACGAGGCGAGACACAAUGGCGACCGCUUCCGGUCCCUCAGCACACUAUGGCGGCACAAGCUGACCCACACAGGAGAGAAGAACCAUAUGUGCGAUCAGUGCGGGAAUUCCUUUUUAACACAAAGUGACCUUAAAUCUCACAAGAAGAGUCAUGAACCUUCGCCCUACCCGUGCACCGAACCCGGCUGUAAGCAUAGUUUCCGCACCGAAAAAUCCUUAGCAGACCACCUUCCUAUCCAU